GCAUUCAUGAUGUUCGGCUACGACGCCGGUGUCCUUGCCGGCGUGCAGAACACAGAACCAUUCCUUCACGCCAUUGGCCAUCCAGAAAGACAUUCCACAAUCAUCAUACCGAUGGUGGCUUCGUCUUACACGCUGGGGGCUUGGGUCAUGUCGAUGAUGAUUAGCUUCAUUGGAUCACCGAUGGGCCGCCGAAAUUGCAUCUUGUACGGGAACAUCCUGGUCAUCUGUGGAGGGGCGCUCCAAGCAUCUUCCUUCUCGGUCGCGCAAAUCAUUGUCGGGCGAGUGUUAUGUGGAUUCGGCAUCGGAUUCAUAUCGUCAACCGUGCCUACUUACAUGGCCGAAAUGAGCACAAAGGCAAAUGAUCACGGUCCGGCAGUCUGUUUCCAGUUGGCUGUGACCGUUUCCGGGGUUGCAUUCUCGGGCUGGGUUGAUUUUGCUUUCACUCGCAUGACGAACCAAGUUUCUUGGAGGUUCCCCAUCGCGUUCCAGACCUUCUUAGCCGUUUUUUCUGCCACUGGUAUGGUUUUCUUGCCCGACACACCGCGCUGGUACUACGUCAAGGGCCGUGUUGAAGAAGGUGAUGGCGUGCUGUCUGCGCGGCAUGGCCUUCCUCUCGAUGACCUACACGUCCAGGCACAGAGGAGGGAUAUCUUCGAGGCCAUCGAGAUCGAAAACUCCCAGAAGCCAUUCAGCCUCGUGACACUGAUUUGGGAUAACACUGAGCUUCAAGCGGGCCGUCGUUUGAGAACCGCGUUCAUGAUCCUGUUCCUGCAGCAGUUGAUGGGAAUCAAUCUACUCAUUUACUACAGCACCAUCAUCUUCUCUCAGGUGGGCUUGUCCCCAUUUCUAUCCUCCCUGCUGGCAGCGGUGAUGAACACCCUGUUUGCCAUGGGCACCUGGUUUACGCCCUGGACAAUCGAAAGGGGCGGUCGACGCGGCAUCAUGUUCUGGACAGCCAUAAUGCUGUCCAUCUUCAUGCUUGUCUUCGUUGUCAUGAUCAAUCUUGGCCACAAAAAGAACCUCGCCACGCAAUGGACGGCCGUUGCCUCAGUCGUGGUUUACAUCUUCUUCUUCGGCUAUGGCUGGGUUGGAAUUGCAUGGCUUUAUGGACCAGAAGUAAGUGACCCUCGUCAUUCAAUAAAAAUUCACCCAGCUAGAUUCAUAGGGGGUUCGAUAUGAUAGAGGCGCUAAUGCGACUCACUCCUCGAUUGCACCGCUUCGAUACAGGCACUUAGGUGGAUCAUUUGGCGCCACAGGAGAAUGGAGUGGUACUUUCCUCACCGUUUUCGCGGGAGGCAUCGCAUUACAGAGAGUCGGACCGAUCCUCUGGGUCUGGUUCUUGGUCUUCUGUUUCGUCUCGGUCGGUUACGUCUACUUCUGCUGUCCAGAAACCGGCGGCAAGACUUUGGAAGAGAUCGAUGCCGUUUUCAUGAAGCUCACUCCCGCUGUCAGCCACCAAGCAAACGUCGAAGCCGCCACCUAUGGCAUGGUUGAGCGGGUAAAAGACGUGUCCAACAGCACCUUUCAAGAGGACGAAUUCGUCGCCAAAGGAAAUCAUGGCAGCCAAGCGCGUGACGAUGGAAAAUGAUUUGCCAGCUGCUCGAACACAAUCAGCAACCACAUCAGCCAUUGGAUAAGUGGAGGAUUACUCGAAGUGGCGAGCCUCAAGGGUGGGAAGGUCUGGUGUUGAUCAGCUUCUGCUUGGUGGCCUCACAAAAGGAAGUUCUAGAUUGGUGCAGGUCCCCGGUAGCAACAGCUUUGCGGUUUUGGCAAAAUCCUGAAUAAAUUGACAAUGGAAUUGCCCUACACAG